AUGUCCAAUCCCGAGAGCCCCGAAAUCUACGGUGAAAUCAUCAUGCCAGACGAAAACCCACUUAACGUGGGCGCGGAUGCGGGUAAAAAGCGGCGCGUAACACGCGCGUGUGACGAGUGCCGUAAACGAAAGGUCAAGUGCGACGGCCAGCAACCAUGCAUCCAUUGCUCUGUCUAUUCCUACGAAUGCAUCUACAGUACACCCAUCCGCACAAGCCGGAAGCGGAAGCGUGACCGCCCCAGCUCGCGCACCGAAUUGCUCGAGGCCCUCGUUCAGCGCUUGCUCCCGGGCGUGGACAUUUCCGAAGACAAGCUAGACUUGGCGUUACUCGCAAAGACAGUCCAGGGUGAACAUAUAGAUGUGAACCGAGUUGUCUCGCAAUAUAACAAAGAAGCGGAAGUCCCGAUCCAAAGCACGAACGAGGGACAUUUCGAAGUUUCAUCUGGCGCUCCGGAAGACUCCGUAUCGCCAGACUUUAAAGAUUCGGAGGAAAUCCGGAUUGUGCUUCCGCCAAAGCCCGUAGCGCUCCAGCUCAUUAGUAACACUUGGGAGACUGCGUGUGUAUUGUUUCGUUUCUACCACCGGCCUUCGUUUAUUAAGAACCUCGACUUGUUGUAUGAGAUGGAGCCCGCGGACUACACGGACGAGCAGCACAAGUUUUUGCCAUUGGUAUACGCGGUGUUGGCGUGCGGGUCGUUGUUUAAAAAGUCAUCACUGAAUGAUUACCAAAAAAAUAAGAGCGGCUCUCACUCUGGGUUUCCACCCCAAGUCAAUUCUACGGGUGAUUCAGUCGAGUCUGAUGAAGGCUACCGCUACUUCCUCGCAGCGCGCAAACUUGUCAACAUCACCGACGCGCGCGACAUCUUCUCCAUGCAAACAACGCUCAUGCUCAUCAUCUUCCUCCAGUGCUCCGCACGCCUCUCGACUUGUUACUCGUACAUCGGGAUCGCGCUUCGGCUGGCGCUCCGAGAGGGCCUCCACCGCAAGCUCUACCACCCCAACAUGAACCUCGUGGAGCUCGAAGUUCGUAAGCGCAUCUUCUACACCGUCUACAAGCUCGAUAUUUACAUCAACGCAAUGCUUGGUCUUCCCCGCUCCAUCUGUGAGGAUGACUUCGACCAGGAGUUGCCCAUCGAGUUGGACGACGAAAAUAUCACGGAGCGCGAGUAUCUUCCGCAGAUGCCAGCCGAUAAGCUCAGCUCAUCUGGAGUUGCCAAUUGCCACACCCGCUUGUUUCUCAUUCUAGAUCGUCUCAUCAAGAAGUUUUAUCCCGUGAGACCCAGUUCGAACAUGCCCAACCCCGUGAGUAACCAGGAAAAUGUGACCAUUUUAGAGAAUGAGCUUGCUGAGUGGAUAAAAAGCUUGCCAAGUGAGUUGCAGCCGGGAGGUACACCGUCGUUUAGGUACCUAAAGGCGAACCGCUAUCUCAAUCUUGCGUAUUUGCACGUCCAGAGCAUGCUCUACCGGCCAUUCAUCCACUACGUGGCACCAGAAUACUCGUACAACUCCAGCUUCAACAGUGUCACCGAGCAGCACUUGAUCGUGAACGCACGUAAGUGUGUUAAUGUGGCAAUCAAGAUCGUGGAGCUUGCAGAGUUGAUGGUUGCUGAGGAGUUGCUCAGCGGAGCGUACUGGUUUUCCAACUACUCCAUCUUCUUUUCCGUCGCGUGUUUAGUCUUCUACGUCCAUGCGUGUUCUCCCGACAGGUACCGUGAGAACCCGUUGGUAUACAGCAUCUUGCAGCCGCAGUGGGCCGAGAUUAUGAAGAUUACCGAGGUGGGGAAGAAUGUGUUGUUGACCUUGAAAGAUUCGAGCAAUGCGGCUCGUCGCACGUACGACAUUUUAAAUCAGUUAUUUGAGCAGUUGAAUAGGAGAACCGCAGAGAAAAAUAGCUUUAGCCACAUCUCUGAGCCAAAAGUGAAGAGAUCUACAGCUGGGGAAGCUUCCUCUGAGUCAAAGGAAAAGCUCAAGACACAGGAAGGUUAUGAGUCGAACGGUGCGACGAGAAAAAGUACAAGCCAAGAGAGUUUCCACCAAAUUCCAGUCGCAGAGCUGUCGCAGAUUCCAGAGUCAUCUUACCAGGUGCCAACGUCCCACGUUGUUCUGGAGUCUUCCAACCACCAGGCUUCUCAGCCUGAGCUUCUCAGCCAGAUCUCUGUCCAGCCAAAGUUGGUGGGUUCUUGCAACUACCAGAUUCCGGUCCAGCCACCAGCCCCAGCCCUUACUUCCGACAAAACCUACUAUCCAGAGGAGGCCAAGUGUGACGAUUACAUUCCCGGGAUCAUGGACAACUUGGAGAUGCAGCUUUUCGGCCGUUUCUUGCCGCCUUACAUGUUACCAUACAAGGAUGAAGGGCCAGGCCAGCUGGGUAGUCAGAUGCCAAGUGGCUUGGCCACCACGAGCAACAAUAUCAACAACGUCUGGCCGGACAGCCCGUCAGGCGAGGCCCUGAGCGAUCCAAACUUUACUGAUUUGGAUUUCGGCGAUUUGAUGAAAAGUUAUAAUUUUAGUUAA